CAGCUUUGUUUCGCCUAUAAAUCGACGGGGCCCUGCUCCUCUUCGAACAUCCGGGGAACCAACUCAAUUUCGAAGACAUCUCCAUAGAAAAGGAAAGCAGAAGAAAAUGGCUGCAAACCAUAGGCCAGAUCUUGGUUUCGAGAGAGACAGCAUCGUUGUGCAUCAUGGAGCCUUCGCUCUGCUCGUGGACACAUUAAAUAAACAAAUCCUAGUGAAAUACCAAUCAAUGCCUAUUUCUCCAUACGAUACUCACAAGAGGGUCAUGUCAGCGUUUUUGGCCGCUCUAUUUAUAUACGCCACAGCAUCGGUGGCCGAGGCGAUACCGCGGGGCCAGGAAUCAGUUUACCAGAGGCUUUUCGGCAACAUCCGCCUCUUUGCAAGCGCCCUUGCUACAGUUUUCCUUCUGGUGCUUCUAACCCCACCUUGGGGGUACUCUAUCAUUUCUAUUCUGUGGAUUUGUUUAUUGGGGUCACUAGCAUAUGAAUCAUGUCAACAAUUCUACCAAUUGCUAAGCCACGCAUAUACUGACAUGUUGGAAAAGCUAUUUGAUGAUGAGAGAAACCGUGAAGAGGACCCAAGCUAGUCAGCAGAAAGUGCAGCUAAUUACAAAGUCUCGAGACGGAUUAGCAUUGUAUUAAAUGAUUGCCUUCGAUUCACUUUCUUCUGCCUACCCAUUCUCAUCACAUGUAUUGUAUUUGUUGUUGUACAAGAGAAUUGAAUAGAGAAGAGGUCAUUUUUUCUGUGACCUGUGUAUUCUUUUUGCA